AUGGCAUUCCACGAAUACAUUGAUAAUGUAAACGUUAUUACUAACCCGGUUGUUACAGAUCUGAAUAUCUGUGUUUUCUCUUCGACAACUGCUAAUUGUGAACUGGAUCCGCGCAAAUGGCACCCCAUUAAGAAAGAUCUGCAUCUAUACAAAUCUCAGCAGCACGCAUGGUUAUAUGUAGCGCUAGCUAACGAGAGAGAGCUGGACGAUGGGGACUUGGUGGUUACGGAUAUCAGAGUCAGCAGGACGCCUCCAGAUUCAAGCUCAGAUCAUUCAUGGGAGAGUCGACCGGGCGGAAUCUGGAUACUGAAAAACAAAUUUCGUGGGAUGGUAGACCUAGCUGUCACGGAGGUGGACGUGCUUUUUGGUGUAGAUGCCGUCGAUCCACGGCCACAAUGGAAUCUUUUGCAAUCAUCGCUCCAACUUACCGAUCAGCCAAAAGUACCACUUGCGCGACUGACCGUACUCCACGGCAGAGACACACCGAGACCGGAUGCCCGGGCGGCUUUGAGAGUUAGGAGAGAUGGCAAAUUCAAGAUUGUGCAAAUCUCAGAUACGCACAUGGUCACCGGUGUCGGGGUUUGCGAAGAUGCGAUCGAUGCACUUGGGAACCCUCUCCCAGCGAGUGAGGCAGACCCACUGACGGUAAAAUUUCUUGGAGGGGUCUUGGAUGUUGAGAAACCGGACUUGGUGAUUCUCACUGGAGAUCAAUUGCACCAUGAUAUCCCCGACAGCCAAUCUGCCCUCUUCAAGGUCGUUGCCCCUAUCAUCAAGCGGUCAAUUCCAUUCGCAGCCGUCUUUGGCAAUCAUGAUAGCGAGGGCGAACACGCUUUGGGUCGUGAGUAA